AUGGCUAUGCCAAGUAAUAAGUCACCAGGACCAGAUAAAAUAGGCAUGCGUGUCAUCAAAGACUGUCUUCCAAUCAUACUGGGUCCUCUUACGCAUAUGAUAAAUUGCUCUCUAAUGACAAGCACAUUCCCUGACCUAUGGAAGAUUUCUGAAGUUAUACCCCUACUAAAAGAAGGAGACCACGAGAUAGCCUCAAACAAUCGGCCUCUCUCACUACUCGAGGUAGUUUCAAAAGUUUGUGAAAAAGUUGUUCUAAAUCAAUUUAGCUCCUACCUCAAAGAAUUUAAUCGCAUAUCGCCACAUCAAAGCGGGAAUAGGAGUCUUCACUCCACCGAAACCUUAAACAUAUUUGUUACCGAUACGAUGUUGGAAGCCAUAGACAACAAAAAUCUAACGGCACUAAUUUUAUUAGAUUUAUCCAAGGCAUUUGACAGUGUCAGUCAUUCGAUUUUAUUACACAAAUUGAGUUGUAUCGGUGCUUCACCCGAAGCUGUUAAAUGGUUCCAAGACUAUUUAACAGGCAGAUCCCAAUACGUGCGCAUUGGAUCCACCACGUCAUCAGCUCGCCCAAUAACCCAUGGCGUUCCACAAGGUGCAAUACUAUCACCACUUCUGUUUUGCAUCUAUAUUAAUGAUCUGCCAGGGAGCAUACAAUCGUGUAACCUUGAUUCAUACGUAGACGACUCAAAGCUUUACAAAUCAUUCUGCAUCUACGACUUGGAACAGACAACUAUCAAUUUAGAGGCAGAUCUACAAAUAGCAGCCAAGUGGUGUUUGGAGCACCAAUUACUGAUCAAUCCAGAAAAAACUAAAUUCCUUUUAAUCGGUUCAAGACCCAUGCUGCAGAAUGUACCUACAGAAAUAUCGCUAACAUUUUUAGGAAAGACUAUAAGACCUGUUUUAUUAGCUAAAGAUUUGGGAAUCAAUUUGGAUUCGUACCUAUCCUACGACGACCACAUAUCUAAACUCGUUUCGUCGUGUAUGAGAAAUCUAUGUCAAAUAAAUCGCGUGAAGGAUAGUUUCGAUAAUGAAACAUUAAAAUUGGUCAUUGAGACACUUGUAAUUAACAAGCUUCUGUACUGCUCUACGGUGUGGUCCAACACGUCAUCUAACAAUAUCAAUAAGUGCAGAACUUCGCGUGCAGAGUUAUAUCAGGGGUAG